UUCAGUGGAUAGUCUCUUAACUUCAUUGCUCUCCUCUACUAUCUCCUCAAUAUUCUUAGUUUUGCUCAACGCUUCUUGACAACUGGAACUACUCUAUUUACGAUAGUGUGAAAUUCCUAAACGCUCUGCAACUUUGUAUUACCUUUUCAAGUAAUACUACUGAUGUCCUCAACUUGACGUAAUCAAAAUGAUUUCGACAUAUUCCUAACAGGGGAUAAUCCCUCAAGUACAGAAUUUUGUGAAUUUGAAUAAAAUAAGACAAGUUGGAGGAAGUUUUACCUGUGGAAUAACGUAGAAACUUCUAGUUCAAGUGCUGCGAAGAUUCUAUUGGGUUCGGGUGAAGAGUGCGAUAAAUUAGCGAACCUGUUUUAUGAGAAAAUUAGUUACCGGCCUAGUGAUGUUUUCCAUCGAGUACAGCAAGCAAUUCCUGAGCUACCGUAUACUCAAGUCCAAUCGUUUCAAAUAUAUCUGACGAUACGAACUCGGACUAAGUUUUGUCUUUUCAAAUUUGUUUAAAAUUUUAACGUGUUACUGUGGUGUCAUCGGUGCCAUCGUGCGGCCGUGUGACUUGUUGUCACUGCAGUUUGGCUCAGGAAAUAAGGACGGAAAUAGAAAUAAUUUGGGGGAUAAUUUCGAGGAAUUUUGGAGUAAUUGAGGACGUUGGAUACUACGCAAGGUCCAUAUUGAGAUAAUUGGUCGAGACCUGGAAAGUCUUAGGCCUAUGAGUCGUUCUUGAACUAAAAAAACUCCUCCUGAAAAUCAUAAUAAUUCAAUUAAUUAUACUUGCCAGUCAACGUUAUUCCAUGAAUUCAGCAACAUAUUACUAAAGAGGCGCGAAAACAGACCAACCCAUUGCAAACAAAGGUUGGCUGUAUGAGCGCAUGGAUAAUUCGGAUUGCUACUCAUUCAACGAACAAAUUUUAAAAAAAUUGACCUGAACGAGUUUGAUGAAAUUUCUAAAAACUUUUUUUUGCAGUAUAUUGUAAGAUUUCUAUUGAAAUGAUUGUUUACGUUCCUGGCAGAAUGCCAACUCACAUUCGACCUUACGGCGUGGCUCGUUACCCGGGCACUCUGCUGGGGACUGGACCUAGCUACUAUAGCCCGACACCUGUUGACAUCGUCACUACCCACGUCACGGGCAGGGGUUUAUCCUUAGGUAAUCUGAAUCUCUACCAGCCAGCUCUGGAUCUUCUGAUUUGGCCGCGGAGGAUGCCGGUUGAGGAAGAACUUGAUCGAUCACCGAAUAUGCAUACUGAUUUGGGGGCAUUAGCAAAUUUUGCAAGUGUUGGUCCACCUAGUCCAGUUCACAGCGACUCCGAUGCAUCCAAUUCGAGUCUUGAGCUCAGCAAGAUCAGGAAAGGAGAGAAUGGUCAGCUAAAAUGCAGAUGGCUAAACUGUGGAAAAUGGUUUACAUCGAUGGAGCAGUUAUCAGAUCACGUGGCUCGACUUCAUGCGGCCGCUGGGCGAGACAAGUUGUUCUACUGCGGAUGGGAAGGGUGUUUACGAGGCGAUCGUGGUUUUAAUGCUAGGUAAUUAAUUUAUGAGCAUUUACGAUAUUAAUCAGAAUUCAAUUUCAAUUUUUUUCAACAUUCUAUACAUUCCAUGUAAAUUUCUAAGGUUUGUACUUAAUGGUAGAAAGGUCCUCAUCAAAUUUAUAUUAGUAAAAGAAUCUGACAAUUCUUUUAUUAAAAUAAAGUUAAUUCUUUAUCAAUAAUAACCACUCAAUCUAAAUCGAGCCUUCAAUUAACAGCUCUCUAUCCGUGCCUAGGUGAACUACAUCAAAUGUAUCGCAUGUCAAGAAUAUCGAAAAACAAAUAUAGAACACAAAAAUGAAGACAAUCCAUCAGUACACUGAAAAAAAAAUAUAAUUCUGCCAAGCAAAUAUGUUUGAGACAAGAAUUUAUUAGGGAAAUUUCGGGUAUUUAGUUGUCUGCAACAUAUUUGCAGAAUUAUAUUUUUCUUCUCAGUGUAACGCGCUAUUUCUUGAGAGAGACUUUCUCUCUCAAGAAUUUUCAAAGUAUACCUUACAAUUGGAAAUAUACCUUAAAAUUGGAAA